UGUUUUGCUCUUAAGCCCCUCAUAUUGAUCCCAACAAUCACUCCAAGUAGUGAAACAAAGAGAUCGCAGAGAAGCCAAAACGUGGGCUUUUUCGCUGUGGAGAGAAGACGCACUUCUCCUCAUUCAAUGAAGAAACAAGGUUGUGAAAUAGAAGCGAAGGGGAUCAACUACUACAUCAAGGUCCCAAAGAGGUCUCACCCUUUAAAGAUAUGGAGCAGAGAUGCAGAAGAAGAUCCAAACACUAAUAUUGCAACUUCAAUCCAGUGUCAUGGACAAGCGAACAGCAGCAGCAGCAGCAGCAGCAGCAAAUUGUAUGGGGUUCGGCAGGUUCUGAAGAACGUCGAGUUUGUCGCGCGGCCGCGGGAGAUCCUGGCGAUCGUCGGCCCCAGCGGCGCCGGCAAGUCGACGCUGCUCGAGGUCCUGGCCGGCAGGCUGGCGCCGCCGUCGCCGCCGCCGCUCGUUCUCGUGAACGGGAGGAGGGUCGAGAAGUCGGAGUUCCGCCGCAUGUCCGGGUACGUCACGCAGCGGGACACGCUGUUCCCGCUGCUCACCGUGCGCGAGACGCUGCUCUUCAGCGCGCGUCUCCGCGUAGCAGCAGCAGGCUGUUGUGGUUCUGGGGUUGGGGGGCGGGUGGAGGCGGUGCUGCAGGAGCUGGGAUUGGACGCGGUGGCGGACGUACGCGUGCGGGACGUUUCGGGGGCCAAGCGGCGCGUUUCGAUCGGCGUAGACCUCGUCCACGACCCGGCGGUUCUCCUCCUCGACGAGCCGACGUCGGGGCUCGACAGCGCGUCGGCGCUGCAGGUGGUGGAGGCGCUGCGGGCGACGGCGGCGGCGCGCGGCCGCACCGUCAUCCUCAGCAUCCACCAGCCGGGGUUCCGGAUCGCGAAGCAAUUCGGCUCGCUCCUCCUCCUCGCCGACGGCGCCGCGCUCCACCGCGGCUCCCCCGACGCCCUCCUCGCCCGCCUCCGCUCCCUCGGCCUCGCCCUCCCCCUCGGCGUCGACGUCGUCGAAUUCGCCAUCGACUCCAUCCCCUCCCUCCAAAAACACCACCACCACCACCAAUUACUCCAAUUAUCCGAAAAAUUCGACCGUUGCACCCUGCAGCACCUCUUCAACGACAACAACGAUUGCUCCCCCCCUUCGCCGUCGACGACGACGACGACCACAAACCGUUGCAAUUACGCGAACUCUCGCGGUCGCGAGGUGGGGGUGCUGGCGCACCGCUUCUGCAAGAACGUGUGGCGCACGCGGCAGCUGUUCACGUGCCGCGCGGCGGCAAUGCUGGUCUCCGGGCUGGCGCUGGGGUCGAUCUUCUACGGCCUGCGGCCCGACCAGGUGGUCGAGCGCGUCGGCUUCUUCGCGUUCGUUCUCACCUUCCUGCUGUCGUCGACCACCGAGGCGCUGCCCAUCUUCCUGCAGGAGCGGGAAAUUGUCAUGAAGGAGACCUUCGGCGGCGCGUACCGGCUCUCCUCAUACGUGCUCGCAAAUUCGCUAGUAUUCGUCCACUUCCUGCUGGUCAUCUGGCUCGUGCUCUACACCGCGAACUCGGUCGUCGUCUGCUUCAGCGCGGCGGCGCCCAACUUCAUCGUCGGGAACUCGGUGAUAUCGGGGGCUAUGGGGUCAUUCUUCCUCUUCUCCGGCUACUUCAUCGCGGAGCGGGCGAUGCCGCGGUGCUGGGUGUUCAUGCACUACGUCUCGCUGUUCAAGUACCCGUUCGAGGCGUUCCUGGUGAACGAGCUCGGGGGCCGGGGGAGGUGCGUGGUGGUGGAGGGGAAUGGGGGUGGGUGUGUGGUGAGAGGGGAGGAUGUGUUGAGGGGGGAGGGGUUGGGGGAGGAGCUCAGGUGGAGGAAUGUGGGCGCCAUGGUGGGGUUCAUUGUGCUCUAUCGGUUCUUCGCCUAUCUCAUACUUUGGCUCAGGUGUAGGUGCGCACAGAACGGUGGGCUCAGCGGUCAAAAAUAAAAAUCUUUCAAUCAAAUCGGUCUUUAAAAUUGAAAUCUUUCUAUCAGAUCAAUCUUUUAGUAUACGUGCGCGGUGUUUUUCUGAGAAAUCUUUCUAUCAAAUCGGUCUUUUUAUAUAUAUAUAUAUAUUUCAUUCCGCGGAAUUGUUGAAAAAUUGCUUGUCUUAAAAGAGGGAAUGUGCAUAUGAAAAGACCGAUUUGAUAAAAUGUUUUUCGAGCUCAAUCUCUCUCGCUUUGUUUUGUUUUGUUUUGUUUUGUUUUGCUUUGUGUUUGUGUUUAUCAUACUGUGAUCUACUGCGAUACUGUUUUGUGGCUCGAGCAAAUAAUGUUUAUGGCCUGUGAACAAUGUAGCUAGAUUGUGUAUUAUGGUCGAUGAACUGUAUGAAAAGAUUAGAGAACUCGAGUUUUACGUGUUGUUUUGAUUGAUGGUUUGAAUCGAAAAUAAUUGUUUUA